AUGAAGGGCUUCCUCGGGCUGGCGCUGGGCUACCUGGCGGCGGACCUGCUCAGCCUGUGGUGCCGAGCGCAGGAGAAAGCCGGGCAGCACCUGGGCAGCAUCGUGAUGCUGGCUGGCGGCAACCAGAGCCGCGGCGGGGAGCCGGGCAUCGACGCCUCCGAGCCGCCGCCGACCCCGGAGGAAUGCCGGGGCUACUUCGACGUGAUGGGCCAGUGGGACCCGUCCUUCAACUGCAGCGUCCGGGAGUACCCGUUCUGUUGCGGUACUUGUGGCUUCCGCUUCUGCUGCAAGUACCAGAAGGGCCGCCUGGACCAGGAUAUCUGCACCAACUACAUCAAGCCCCCCUGGCUGAACGGGCGAAAGACUCCCAACCGGCCUUUGGACCUUUCCCACGACCCCACCAGGGACAAAACGAACCUCAUCGUCUACAUCAUUUGCGGUGUCGUGGCCGUCAUGGUGCUGGUGGGCAUCUUCACCAAGCUGGGGCUGGAGAAAGCGCACCGACCGCAGCGGGAGCACAUGUCCAGAGCGCUCGCUGAUGUGAUGCGACCAGAAGCUCCCUGCACAACGGAUCAUAUGGAAAGAGAUCUCAACAUUGUGGUCCAUGUGCAACAUUAUGACAACAUGGAGACAAGAACACCUGCAAAUAACUUGCGUGAGUGGCAGUGCACUGAUUUUGUGUUUUGCCUGGAUGUGGUUGCUGAGGGUUAG